UUGAAAGAAAAGUUUCUAAUAGAAGAGAAGCACAAAAUUGAGAUUGAAUGUACUAAGAAAGAUGAAAGCAAGGAAAUCCUAAUUGUUAUCGCAGAAGAAGAGAGAAAAGAAGCUGAUGAAAACAAAGAAAAUUAUACAAUUGAGACUGAAUAUAAAAAACAACUUGAAAGCAUGAGAGGACAAAAUAAUAAUGGUGAAGUUUUACAAGACGCAGAUAAAUAUAAGCAAAUGGAGAAAACAGAUUUAGAUAAAAUAAACAAAUCUGAGAAUUUAAAAGAAGAUGAAAGUGACAAGGAAUCGAAUACAAAGGAAGAAGGAAAAAAAGCAAUUGAGAGUGAAGAAAAUACGCAGAACUUUAUUUUAAAUAUAAAUGAUAGCAUAAUAGUUCGAUAUUUCCAAAGGAAAACGUGGAAAUAUUAUAUAGGAUUUGUUGAGAAUAUAGAAUUUAAGAACGGAGAAAAUUAUUAUAAAGUAAAAUUUUUGAAAACUGUGAAGGAUUUAUCUGAUUCCUUGAAGUUUGUAGUCCAAAGAAAAUCAGAUAUUGAUAUAGUGACCAAUAUUUCUAUCGUCAAUAGAAAACCUCUAAAGAAUAUUACCUGA